AUGGCAAACCCAAGCCCUGUCAAGAACUCCAAAUGGUUUCCCAGCAAAGCACUCAUGAAACUAAGCCUCCACCGCCUUCGUCGCCCAAAUAAGAAGCCUCCGGCGCCAGCCAUGGUACAAACCCAUGACUGCUUCAGGACAAUGUUUCGCCGCUUCGACUCCGACGGCGACGGGCGCAUAUCCAGCGAGGAGCUACAGUCCUUCUUGGCUUGGGCCGGCGACCGUCUCUCGGCGGACGAGGCGGCAUCCCUCAUCCAAGACCUCGACACAGACGACGAUGGCCUCAUCAACUACGAAGAAUUUGUCCGCCUCGUGGGAGGUGGCGACCGACAAAACAUAGGCGAAAGGGACCAUGAGGAAGACCUCCAACGAGCUUUCGAGAUGUUCGGAGGGGAGGAAGGGGCGGGGUGCAUCACACCGAAUGGGUUAAAGAGGGUUUUGGCAAGGCUUGGGGAGAAGAGAACGGAGGAGGAGUGUGCUGCCAUGAUUAGGGUUUAUGACCUUGAUGGCAAUGGUGUGCUUGACUAUUAUGAGUUUCGCAGGAUGAUGAGUUAG